GUGAACAUAGCUGCGCACAUACAUCGCUCUGAAACAACAACAAGAUGGAACUUAAUUCUCUCCUAAUUCUGCUGGAGGCUGCAGAGUACUUGGAAAGAAGAGACAGAGAGGCAGAGCACGGCUAUGCUUCUGUUUUACCGUACAGUAGCGACUUCUCCAGGAAGAAAACGAAAACAUCGCCAAUCUCCAGAAAAACUCAGAACAAUAGAUCGUCACACAACGAGCUGGAGAAACACAGACGUGCCAAACUACGGCUGUACUUGGAGCAGUUGAAGAAGCUGGUGCCUUUGGGUCCAGACAGCACGAGACACACCACACUGAGCCUGCUGAAAAGGGCCAAGAUGCACAUCAAGAAGCUGGAGGAGCAGGACAGGAAGGCUUUAAACGUGAAGGAGCAGCUGCAGAGAGAGCACCGCUACCUCAAACGCCGCCUGGAGCAGCUCUCUGUGUCAGGAUCCGUGGAGCGCAUCCGCACUGACAGCAUGGGCUCCACCAUCUCCACCGACUCCGAGCAAGAGGUGGACAUCGAGGGUAUGGAGUUCACCCCCGGCGAGGCUGACAGCGUGGACAGCAUCAGCGACGGUGAGGAGGAGGAGGACCACUACAGCCUCCAGAGCAGCUCCAGCGACACCAGCUACACAGCCACACAUUCCCACAGACUGCAGCCGCACCACUGUUAGACGCAGCGGCCCUCCAUCUCCCAGCCUGAUUCAGCUCCUUCACACAUGCUUUUUCUUCUCGAACGCCGCCCACUACCUACAUCAGACCAGUCCACAAAGGCGGUACACCCUGAACCUGUUCCUCCUAUCCCGGCUCCGGCUCUCCAGGAAGCCGUGGAGCUGAAAUGCCACUCAAGCCUUCCUGACCUCCCUCCUCCUCUUUCCUAUAUACCACUGACCCUACCUCACCCUUCUGUAUCCUGCCUGAACCUGCCCCUCAUGACAUGCCCUGCCCUCCCACUGCCUUCACAACCCCUACCUAGUGUUUUGCUGCAGGCUCAGAGAGAACAGAGUAGAAAUUGUGGUUUUUGUCGGAGACUUCUGUGGUGUGGUGGACAGCUUUGACUUGUUAAUCAGGAUUUUGUAAAUGUGUGUGUGUCUGUGUGUGUGUCUGUGUGUGUGUGCAAGAGAGAAAGACCAAGCUACCGAGUUUAAGAGAGGUCAGAAACAACAUAUAAGCUCCAUGUCAUUUCCAUGUGGCAAUAAUACACAAACAAGGCUUAGCACUUCUGUUUGUUCUGCAAUACGCGCAACAUCGGGACCUCAAAAUUUAUUUACAUCACACAGUAUCUUCCCUUCACACAAGCAUGAUUCACAGGGGUAGCUUUAGCAGAUGUUCCCUAAAAUGGUGAAAGCUUAAAGGAAUAGUUUGACAUUUUGGGAAAUACUCUUGAUUGACGUUCUUAGAGAGAGUUAGAUGAGAAGAUUGAUACCAUUCUUGUAUGUGUCCAGUCAAUAUUAAGCUGGAGCCAGGAAACAUUUAAAGAGGGGGGGGCUGGCUAACAUGGUUAUGUCCAAAGAUGAAAAAAAUUACCAGAACCCUGAAAACUCACUACAUGUUGUAUCUUGUUUGUUUAAUCCGUACAAAAACCAAACUGUAACAUCUACAAGCCGCAGUUUUAAGGGGAGUUGUUAGUCCGAAGCAGUGACUUUCACAUGACCCCCUACCCCCCAAAUCCACCAUUAUGUAACUGUAACUUUUUUUUUAUAAGACAAAACAAACAAGACAGUUGUGCUGUUAGGCAGAUUGUUUUUUUUAAAUUUAUGCUUUAUGCUAGGCUAAGCUAACGGCCUCCAGCUUCAUAUUAAAUGGACAUUUAAGGGAGUGGUAUCAAUCUUCUCAUUUAACUCUCAGCAAGAACAUUAAUGAACAUACUUUUUCCUUUAAUUUUUCACUUUUUUAGGAUGGUGUCAAAGCGGAGCAGUACCUCUGUAAAGGUUUAAUUUAAAUAUUCUGUUUGUAGUCAGAUCUUAUUUACCAAAUGUGGCCGACUUUUGGCAAAAGACAAACUGAAAAAGUGACAGAGCCGUAGCAGAGAAGAAAGAAUGUAUAUAGAUGUACAGUUACUGUCCAAACCCUCUUGUCUCCCUUUGGUUGGGUUGCCUAACCACUAUUCCACACUACUGACCACUACACUAUACCACCCUAUGGUGUGGAUGGACUACUAUAUCAAAUGAAAACAAGAGUUGCCUCAACUAAAACUCCUUAAAGAUUGACUCAAGUCUUGUGUUUCCUUCUCAGUAGCGAAUUGAUGUAGCAAUAAAUACGAGAGGAGGGUGCUUCUUCUGAGUGUUUUAAACAAUUCUGGUGGACCAUAAGGUGUUGCGGGAGACUUUUUCCUUUACCUUUUUACCCUAUAGAUGGCAAGUGGGUGGCAACAGAGAGCGGACCUGCAGAAAAAGGAGCAGUCCUCCUUUUUCUUUUUCACUAGUGGUUCGUCCUGUUUGCUCACAAGUUCAUUGAUCCAGAAUUUGAUUUCUCUACAGCUCUGUUACUUUUUUACGCAGUGUUCAUGUAUGUAGAAUUGUUUUUUUUUUUUUUACCUGAUUAACAAGUCAAAGCUGUAAACAUGUAAAAUAUAUAUAUAUACAGUAUAUAUAUAUAUAUAUAUAUAUAUAUAUAUAUACAUAUAUACAUAUAUAUAUAUAUAUAUAUGUAAAAAGGGCCAGCUCUAAUGAUUUGUUCUCUGUAGAGGCAUUCAUUUUAGUUAACUUUAGCUAAACUAAUCACUUUCAGUAGUACUUAACGAGACUAAUGAUCUUAUUUUCUUUGCAUUACCUUUUGCUGGAGCUAAUGGGCACUGCUGAAAUUUCUUCUGUAAGGUUAUUCAUAACAAUAGUCACUAUUGACGGAGGAGGCGCUUCUGUCGCUCUCUGACCAUUUAAUAAUCACAAGGCCUCAAUUCUCUGGCAGUCUUUAGAGCUUGGCAUCCCAACACUUCACAAAAAACAAGGGCCAGUCCACCAUGGCAGGUCUGACCAAACAAAAAGAAAAAAAACUACAAAAGACUCAAAACAAAAAAACUUGCAUACAAAAGAAGCUACUUGUUGCUAAACGUGAUAAUAGCCAGUGUCUAUAUUUCUUGUAUUAAAUUUUGUAUUAUAUUUUCCUAAAUGUUCUCUUGUAAUGAAAAGACAAAAAAGAGUGAGUAUAUCUAUCUAUCUAUAUAUAUAUAUAUAUAUGAGAGACAGACAGGAGGCCAGGCUUGUUGAUGGGAGAGUGGGGGCAGGGGAGCUGAUACACUGGCCCCUCUCCCUUGGGUGACUCUCCUGCUGCCAUUCUGUGCCUUGGUGAGCCUUCGACCUCCCUCCUCAUCCUCCUCCCACUUCCUACUCCCACCUCCUCACCCUCGGUCCCUACUCAGGUCGUCACCCCUCCAACGCACUCCCCUCCCCUCUUCUUAAUCUCAUCUUCCCUCUUCUUCUCAUCCGGCGGGGUUGAAAGCUUUUUGACCCUCACCAUGCAAAAACAGUCAACACUUCCAUGAGCAAGGGGCACGUGAAGAGAAGACCUUGUUGAAAAUAAAGGAGGAAAAAAGAAAAAGCCCCUUCGGUCUCUACUGAAGAGCCGCUGUUGUUAUACGCCCUGUCCAGGCACUCCCCACCCUCUUGACGCCCGCCCGUCUGCCAGUGCAGCCUCUGUCACAAGAAAUGAUAAAACCACACACUGGUAAACUCCCAUGGCAGCUUCCAGUCACCCCGAAUGGUCACCAACGGGGUUCAAAACUUUGAAGCGUGUUUCUUUUUUUUGUUGUCAUUUUACUAUUAUUGUAUGUCGACUAUGUGUUUGUUCAAUGGGAGUCACUGGGAGAGGAGCGAUAAAAGAAUAAUCCAAUGAUGGCAGCUUAAGGUGUUAUCCUCCACGCUCCCAGUGGUCCAUCCCGACAUAGUGUUACCCGUUGAUCAGGGGACCUCUUGAGACACAGCAAUAUUACCAUCUUGUGCUUUCUGAGGGAGGGUGGGCGGGCAGGGUUUUCAAGACAAACAGGUGGUUUUGCUUUUGACUCUGCUUUUGACUGUGGUGCAUUUAUUGUUGACCAACUCUUUAUUGACUUUUUUUUUUUUUGUUUUGAUGAAUUUUUUACCUCCUAUCUGCACUCUCUCCAAACACUGCAGGAGGGCAAAAAAAUUAACUAGAGGUUUAAAAAAAUGUUUUUGUUUUUGUUUUCGUUUGAAAAGCAGUUUUCUUUUCGUCAUCCAGAGUUUACAUUCAUGUCAAUGAUUUGUACAUGACUGUUUGUAGCAAAAAAUGUCCUUUUUCAGUUUGUUGGUCAAAUGAACAACUGAGUAAGUAAACCAUGUUAAUGGCAUAAAUUUAUUCUCUUGCACAGAACCUCCCAGUAAGAUAAAGACGGAGUGAAUGGAAUGAGCAGAGGGCCAGACAUGAGAUUAUAAUUUUUCAGUGGCGUCAUUGAAAAAUGAACAUAGCACACACUCGCUGACUGGACGUGGUAACAUUUUGUUUGGAUGCAGGAUGAGAUAGUUAUUAUGGAAAUUCUUUUAAUGAUGUGCCUUGGAAAAAGUUAUUUUCUUAAAAAAAAAAAAAAAAGAGAAGUAGAGAUUGUACCUGUUAGUUAAGAUUCAGUUGCUCUUAUCAUUAACCCCUUGGAGAGGCAACACACAAUGUCACUGCUUCUUUCUUCUUCAUUGCGAAAAAGGUAAAAACAUUGAUCUCAUUUAUCUUGAUCUAAAAUUGACUUCAGAGCAAGUGCAGACAAAGUCUGAUAUUUGCUUUCAUGUUUCUGUUGCACAGAGAUUUACUUACGUGUGUGGGUUUUCUAAGAACACAAAAGCACAGUGUGAUGUUUGGGGAAGUCAGCAGGCAGAGAGGCACAGAGAAAAGAGUGAGGGGUGGGUGGGUGGAGUGAAAAAAGCACAGACUGAGAACAGUAUGCGCAGAGAUUGGGGUCAAGACAGAAAUGUCUGUGUGCACAGAUGAAUUCAGAAACACAGAAGACACCUUACUCUACCCGAGCCUGCUGUGUUAGCAGUGCUUUUAAAAUGACUUCCAUGAAAUAUUCCUGCCAAAUAAAUAGUCACUUUUAAACCUUCCAUACCGAUUGACAGGUAAAAGUUCCUUUAUUUAAUUCCAGAUAGCUUUAAGUACUUGUAGGUUUUAGGUAAGCAGCCCCCUUUCUGGACGUCAGCCUUCAUGUCUUUUCUCCUUAUUUUCAAUCUUCAUGUAUUGAGCGAUACUCUAGACUCUACGCAAGGUGUAUUACCAGUGUUCGGGUUCUCUUUGUACCCACAACAAACUGGAGGCCAUAGCGAGGGUGAGCUGGCUGGGGUUUCGUUGAGAAGAGGAUGGCGUGGAGCUUGUUUGGGCUGACAUACUGUGCAGAGUAGGGAGAGUUCUGUGCCAGAGACCUGUGAAUAUUUUCUUUUCAGUAGAUGUGUAAUAUGCAUUCAGAAGAUGUUAUAUAAGUUCCUUUUUUUUGGAUUUGUUUUGUGUGUGCGAGUGCGUGUACACGAGUACCUGGUGCUGGCUACAUUUGAGCAAACACUUGACGGUAUUGUGUAUUCUCUCAUUGUAAUAUAAUUAAAAUGUUUUAUAC